AAUUGGGUUAUUACCAUUUAUUGACCAAAAUGUAGGAUUUAACGUGAAUUGCAAUAACUUUUUAUUCACCUGGAUUCCCCACUUGGAAAAUAUAUUUAUUGACUUUGCACUGACAUUCGAUAUCAGCGCCUUGUUAUCCUUUAAGUACGAUAAAAAAUUGUAGAUCUAUAAGUGGCUACAAGCACAUUGGUUUAGUAAAAAUUGAAGAGCAUAUGAAUCUUUGAGUGUGCGAAAUUGUCACAACAUGGGGGACGAAAUCGACGGGAAUACUGUGCUUGCUGAGGCCCUAAAAUCGCAAGGCAUCGAAUUCGUUUUUGGGAUUAUGGGAUUCCCCGUGAUCGAAUUGAGCAUGGCUCUGCAAAUGGCCGAUAUCCACUACAUCGGUAUGAGGAAUGAGCAAGCUGCUUGUUACGCUGCCCAAGCAAUCGGGUAUCUGACAGGAGUUCCUGGAGCUGUGCUCUGUGUAUCCGGUCCAGGUGUACUACAUACCUUCGGUGGUAUGGCUAAUGCACAGGUCAAUUGUUGGCCGGUACUGGUGAUUGGCGGAUCCGUCCCGCAAGAUCACGAGGGCAUCGGCGGAUUUCAAGAAUGUAAUCAGGUUGAACUAGCUCGACCGUACUGCAAAUAUUCCGCCCGACCACCAAGUGUCGCCCUGAUCCCCUUACAUGUCGAAAAAGCGGUGAGGCUUGCGAAAAAUGGACGACCCGGCGCUACCUAUUUGGAUUUCCCCGGUAACAUAUUAUCCUCGAGGGUACCGUCCAAUUCAAUACCCGACCAGUACGGACCAACCGAAGUACCGAUUCCGUUUCCCGAUCCCGAGGCCGUGCGUCAGGCAGUCGACGUUUUGGUGCAAGCGCAACGUCCUUUGGUGAUCGUCGGAAAGGGUGCCGCCUACUCCAGAGCCGAAAACGAAGUGAACCAGUUCAUAACCGCAACAAAUUUGCCGUUUUUGGCGACACCCAUGGGCAAAGGUGUCGUGUCUGAUACUUCAGACAAGAGCAUCGCUCCGGCCAGGUCGUUGGCUCUUCAGAAGGCAGACGUCGUCCUAUUGCUGGGCGCCAGACUCAAUUGGAUUUUGCAUUUCGGUCGUCCUCCGAGAUUCGCAUCUGACGUCAAGGUGAUUCAGAUAGACGUAUCGGCUGAGGAAUUGCACAACAGCGUCAAGUCGGCCGUCGCUAUACAGAGCGAUAUAAAAACCGCUGUGGCGGAAAUUCUGAAGGAGACCAAGAGGAGGAAUUUCGCAUUUAAUGGAAGAAGCGCCUGGUGGAUUUCUGUGAGAAAGAAAUGCGACGAAAAUAGAAAACUUGUUGAGGCGAUGGCGUCUGACACGUCACCCCCAUUAAAUUACUACGCAGUGUUCAAGCAUUUGAACGAAAAGCUGUCUGAAAACUGCAUUAUAGUCAGCGAAGGUGCCAACACGAUGGACAUCGGCAGGUCCAUGCUGCUGAACAAGUUACCCAGGCAUCGCUUGGACGCGGGAACCUUCGGUACCAUGGGGGUGGGUUUGGGUUUUGGUAUCGCCGCGGCGCUUUAUUGUAGAUAUUACGCGCCCACCAAGAAAGUUAUAUGUGUGGAAGGCGAUUCCGCUUUCGGGUUUUCGGGGAUGGAAAUUGAAACGAUGGUCAGGUAUAAAUUACCCGUGAUUAUCGUUAUCGUAAACAAUUCGGGAAUCUACACCGGCAUGGAGGCGGAAGUGUUGAACAGCAUGCAGGAAAGUGGGGAGAUAACGAAAGUCACUCCGCCAGGUUGUUUAACAAGCUUCACCAGAUAUGACAACAUGAUGAAUCUGUUUGGUCGAACCGGUUACUUUGUCCAGACGAUUCCGGACCUCCAAAUCGCCAUAACCGAGGCUUUGAAAGUCGAAGACGGCCCUACCGUAAUAAACGUUAUAAUUAACACCACGGCCGAUAGAAAACCGCAAGAUUUUAAGUGGCUCACCGAGUCGAAACUUUGAUAAUAUAUUCUUAAGAAAUAAACUAUACGGAGUCGGUAUCUGGGUGUUUUUAUUUAA